AUGGAUCCAGAGCAUUGUGAGUUUCUUGCUGAGGAUGUGAUGAUUCAGAUUGUACCUCGUAGAAAUGAGCCUGUUUUGCACCUCGUAUGUGGCGAUAUCGGGCCGUUUGAAGCGGGAAUUCCAGUCGAGGUUCCUCUAUGGUUGGCUGUUGACCUCCGGCGGAAGCAUUACUGCGAAAUAGUGCCUCCUAGCUGGUUCAACCUGGACGAAUUGAAGCGGCUUGUUGCUAUAGAAGGGGAAACUGAAGGUCUUUCACGCCUUCCUUUGUUCAUCUUUGAAAUCGCUAAUAUACUAGUACGAGCCGCUAAGGAAGAUAUUACUGAUGGUGAUCAAAUAAAAGUUCUUAUACAAGAUCUAUGGGAUAAGCGCGAGGCAAAGCUGCGAACGUCUUCACUAAAACUUCUCUCACAGCAUACUCAUGCGCAUGUACGACUGGAUUCUGUGCAACCUUUGGAAGUAACAUCAAUCAGGCCAAAUCUUUCUGCUUGUAAGCAAAUAGCCAGACUUGUUCGUAACUCUCACAGUGUUCAACCCGACUAA